AUGAACAUCGACGAAAAAAUUGAUAUUGAUAAGCCAUUAUGGGAUCAAUCUACAUAUAUUGGUAGAUUGAAACAUUUUGCUUUUAUUACCGAUUUCCGUAUGAUUUUUGAAAGUAAGAAGAGAUUAAGAGAAGCUAAACAAUUUUGCGAUGAUUACAAAAUGGGUAAAAUACCUUCAGGAACACAAAUGUCCGAUAUUAUUCGUGCAAAGCAACUUAGAGAUGGUGCAUUUCAUCCAGAUACUGGUGAAUUAAUACACUCUUUUAGUAGAUUGUCCUUCCAGAUGCCUGCUUCAGCAGUACUUACGGCGUCGAUGUUAGCAUUUCAAAAAAAUACUCCCGUUACAGUGACACUUCAAAUAUUGCAUCAAUUACACAUCGCUAUUAUAAAUUACACGUAUAGAAGUAGACUAAAUAAUAACGAUAAAACUACAAUAAGAAAUACUAUCUUAUGUGCAGCUAUAACGAGUUCUAUCGUAACUGUUUAUUGUAAAAAAAUAUUAUUUCGAAGAUUUAUUUUGCAAAGAUAUCUGCCAUUUUGUGCAAUGACUACAAGCCACAUAUUAAAUUUACCAAUUAUACGAUAUAAAGAGAUUACAACAGGGAUCCCAUUGUUUAUGAAAGAUGAAAAGAAUCCUUUCAUGAAAUCAAAAGUGGCAGCCAUAAAGGGUGUUUAUGAAUGUUUAAUUACAAGGAUAGUUAUGUCGAUACCGUGUUUAAUUUUCGUUCCACUCUUAACUCAUAAAUUUUUGGCCAAUUAUUUUUUUCAACGUCGAUCAUGGAUCUUAAUUCCAAUCGAAACUUGCUUAUGUGCUCUGGGUUGUUUGUUUGCAAUUCCAUCUGCUCUAGCAAUUUUUCCCGAAAGAAAUUCCAUGAGUACAGAAUUGAUGAAGCUAUAUCCAUCUGAGUAUGAAGAUUUUAAGAAAUGUGUAAAGGAACAUGUAGAUAAAGUAUAUUAUAAUAAAGGUCUAUGA